CUAAAACGUCUCGUCAUGGAUUUCCUCCGCGCUCUUUGCGUCCUGUGCGCCGCGUUUCUGGUUCCCAGCGGCGCGUUUACGCACGAGGAUAUGAAGGACGCGCUGCUGCAAAAGCUCGGCCUGGAUGAAGUUCCCAAAAUCCAAAAGAGGGACCUGGAGAAUCUGGUCGUUCCGGCGCACAUCAAGAACAAGUACCUCUCCAUGCUGAAGACGCACCACAGCCGGAGGAGACGCAGAUCUCUGCCCAGCCUGGUGGGCAUCCUGAGGGGGGUUCCCGGCAAUGCAGAUAUCUCCGGGGAGUACGUGUACUCCGACACCACCCGGCAUCGCAUGGUGUUCGACAUGGAGGCGCGGAUCCCGGAUAACAGCGAGGUGACCAUGGCGGAGCUGAAGCUCUACCAGCGGGCCUCGCACCACAAACGGUACACCGCGGAGAAGAGGAACCACCGGCCCGUCAACAACGCCCGGGUCAGCAUCUACUGGGUGGAGGUGCUGCCCAGCGGCUCCAACAGGACCUCUCUUGUGGAUUCGCGGUUGAUUCCAAUUCACGAGACCGGCUGGAAGAGCUUUGAUGUCACCCAGGCCGUGCACUAUUGGUCCAAGACGCAGCAGCAGAAGACGCCCAUGCACCUCGAGGUGUGGAUCGAGGGCGAGAGACCCGGCAGCUACGCCGCGGAGAUGGCCAGGAGUGUGCGCUUCACCACCCAGGAGCAGACUGAUGACGCCCUGGGGAGGCCCGAGCUCGUGCUCUACACACUCAACCUGGAAGAGUACGGCUCCGGCGGCGACUGUGACGCAAACCAGAAUAAGGACGCCUGCUGCAGAGAACAGCACUUCAUCAACUUCCGCGCGCUCACCUGGACACAGUACUGGAUCAUCGAGCCGGCGGGCUACCAGGCCUUCAGGUGCACCGGAGGAUGCAAACAGCCCAAACGCAACUACGGCUACGGAGAGCGGCGGUGCGCGGUGUCAGAAAGCUCCCCGCUGCCCAUCAUGUACCUGGUGAAAAAGGGGGACUACACUGAAAUAGAGGUGGCCGAGUUCCCCAACAUGAUUGUAGAAAGGUGUGCGUGCAUGCUGGACAACGUCGCUGUCGUAUGAAGGCAGUAGUAGUUACGGACUUUUGGGAAAAAUUACAGGGAAAUUAUAGUGGGUUUUUUUGUUGCUAGGUGUUGCUUUAUUUAAUGUUUUUAACCAACUUGUCAAGUACUUUCUAUUUAAAUGGACGUUCGGAGGGAGAGCUUUAUUCCCCAACAAACAGAGGUGGGUGGCGUAGCCAAAAAUUAUUCCCACGAAAGAGUAACACUACUUCAACAUAUUUUUAUUCAAGUAAAAGUCAAACGUAGCCGUGUCCAAGAAAUGACUCAAGAGUAAAAGAGUAUUUGGUAAAAAUGCUACUCCAGCUCUGACUGUUUGAAACAUAAUCGAAUGUUUAAACAUUACAUCAUCAGAAGGACCAGAAUGUGAAGCUUUGUGGACAUUUUGGUGUUUUAAGGACCAAAAGGAAAAAUUAUUCAUAGAAAUAACAUCAUUGCAAAAUAACAAAAUCAGAUAAAUAAAUAAAAAAUUAAAUUCUGAAUCAGUUUCUUUCAAUAUACAUUUUUUUUUUUUUUUUUUUUUAUUUAUCACAGGGACAAUGCAUAUUAUUAGCAUUUCUGUAAAUAAGAAGGCUGAAUUUUCACCUGUAUUUUCUAAACAGAUGGAUAAACAAACAAACAAAAAAACAUGAAUAAAAGUUU